AAGUGCUCCUCAUAUCUCGUUUAACACCCUAUCAUGAAGAACCAGUUGAAAUCCUUCGUUUUAAUCCUCAUUAUUGGAGCGGUUAGCGCCAGAUUGAGCGAUGAAAAGUGUAAGGAGUACCACAAAGAUCCCAAUGUCAAAAAGGAUACCUUAAUAUCCGAGUUUCCUCAUUUAGGAUUGUUGGGAUACAAAGAUGACGAUAUCAUCAAAUAUAAUUGCCCCGCAACUUUAAUAAGCGAAUCAGUCGCUGUAUCGCCAGCUUAUUGCAUGGUUACUAUCCAGGGACCGGCUAAGUAUUUACUCUUUGGUACAUCAAAUUCAAGCGAUAACAACAAUCGUAAACUUUUUAAUAUCACCGAAAUCAUAGUUCACCCAAAUUACACAAGAACCAACUCAGUUCAGCAACGUUCAUUGGCCCUCGUUAAAUUUUCACCGCCAAUAACACCCAAUGAUAAUAUAAAACCUGGUUGUUUAUACACAAAAUCAGUCGAUGAUAAACAAACAUUAACUGAUUUGCUUUGGACGAGGUCAGGGUCAGAUCGGGUUUUAUUUAAAGACGACGUUUCAAUUGUCCCGACGGAUUCUUGUAUUGAACGUUAUAAGAAGCAAAAAGUAACAUUGAUGAUUGAUGAUCAUUUCUUUUUGUGCGUUCUUCGCAAAUAUAAUAGGGAUUACGUUCAAAAUAUUGGGGGAACUUCCCACGUUGUAGAAGAUGACGUGCCUAAAAUCGUUGCGAUUGACAAUUUUGGACCGAGAAUUCCUAUCAAUGAACUCCCUGAUGUCACAACGAAACUUUAUCAUUAUCUCGAUUGGAUUGAACAGAACGUUUGGAAAAAAUAAAAAAUCGUAUCUCAAUAACUUAGUUAUUGAGACACAAUUUUAUAUAUAAUUGAGAUAUAAUCAUGUAUUAUACAGGUCAUCCACGAUGACCGUCCAUUAGAACUAUACGGGGUUCUGGCCAAAAUAAAAAUUUUAAAAUUUA